UGUUCAAAAAUGUUUUGUUUAUCUUUUCAUCAAAACAAAACAAAGUUGCAGAAGUGACAGUCAUUAAACAUCAUAACAUCUCUGUUAUAAAGUGAAACAAGCCUGGUUUGUUUUGUUUACAUUUUAAACAGAAACAAACGGUUAAAUAUAAGAACAACUUUGCUGUCAACUAAAAAAACAAGAAGGAGAAUGGCUUUGUUUACAUUUUAACUGAAAAAAACGGCAUCAAAUCAAAGAAAAGGAGUAAAUAAGCAAAUGGCAACUCAAUUACAAACUAAAAGCGUGAAAAACACCAAAAAUAACAACAAGAAACAUUAAUAACAACAACAAUUGUGCCAAAAAGGGGGUUGUAGGCAAAAAAUGACAACAAAACAGAUGGGUGAAUUGAAAGGAAAACUCAGCAGCAGCUAAAAAGGAAACUACAGAAAUCUGAAAAAAGAAACAGCUUAAUAAAAAUGACAAGCUGAAUUAAAAAUUAAAACGUAAGCUGCAGACAAACGAGUAUAAAGUAAUAGUUUGUAAAGGCGGGAAGGCAAGAAGUACAGAAAAAAAUUUUUUUCAUAAAGAAAAUUGUGUUAAAAAAGUUAUUAACUACAGCAAGGAGUCCAUUCAGUGUUAGCCAUAAGGCUUAUUAACAAGGUUUCAGUGAUUUUUUGUUUUAUGGUGAAAAGUUUUAAAGCCUUUGAAAAGGUUUUUAUACAAAUAAUUAACAAAAGUGUUGCAAAAGUUAAAGAUUUAUGAAAAGUUAAAAUAUUUAACAAACUAAAGGAAAUUAAGUUGCAACAAUAACAUUUUUAAGUGUGCAAGAACUUCAACUUUAAUUUUGGGCUUCACGACGUCUCUCCCCAGCCGAAUGAAAAUGGAAAAAACUCCCCGUUAUACACAACGGGAGCGUAAUAUGGUAUUGGGUUAUGCGGCCCAAUACAAAGAUAUUAUUGAAAAUAAACGCACCGAUGCCGAAUCGAAUCGCAAAAAGGAUGAGGUAUGGCGUCAAAUAGCCAAAGAGUUUAAUGCUCGUGUUUAUCAUCAACGUUCCUCGAAACAGUUGCGCCAACUUUAUAAAAAUAUGAAAUUAUUGCUGAAAAAGGAUUUGUGCGGUGAGGGUAAAGGUAAUCGCACCUUUAUGGAUCUACUUAAUACCAUAUCGCAACAAGAAUCAGUGGCCCAAUAUAUUUCGGAACAAAUGUCUCCGAAUGGUUAUAGUAAUGGUGGUGGUGGUCGCCAGAAGUAUGAUGAUGAUUAUGAUGAUUCAAAGUUUCCUUUAUUACAGCAUCCCGUACUCAAUUACGAUGGCAUGGAUCAUGAUGUUAUUGUUAUCAAAUCCGAAGAUAUCAGUGAUAAUGAACAAUCACACAGUGGUGAAGCUAUGGAUGAAGAUGAUGAUGAUUGUUUAAGUCCCAAAGAUAUACCAGAAGUUUGUCUGGAAGAAGAAGAUGAAGAACUUUUUGCUACAGACUUAAGACAACCCACUAGUACACCACAACAAACACAAAAUCAACAACAGCAACAACAACAACAACAAACACAAAAAUCUGCACAAACUGGACAAACAGCACAAAAUCAAUUACAGCAAUCGCCAGCACAUUUGCUGCAUCAUUCACAGCAGCCGGAGAUUACCAUACAGAAUAUAGGAGGCAUAAGAGUGGGCAGUAUAGGCAGUAUGGCCAAUAUGAAGGCUUUACAGAAUGCUGUCAAUAAUAGUAAUAAUAAUAAUGGACCCUCAACCAAUUCAGCUUUAAGUAUAACACACACCAAUGGCUCUGCAGCGGGUCAGGCUUUAAAUUUACGACAAACUAGUGCUGAACAGCAGCUGCUGUUAAAUGGUUUGGGUUUGAGUGCGGUUAAUCAUAAUAAUAAUGUUUUGGACACUAAUCCACGCAUGCCCACUUUACAAAGAGCCAGCCAGCAGCAUAACAAUCCUGUGCCCACACAACCACCUCCCGCAGCACAACAUUUACAUUUGAAUAGCCAUUCGAAUGCCACCCAACAGUUACUGCUUAAUAUUAAUGGUGCCAGCAGUCCCUUUACCCCCCACAAACACUACGGCCAGCAGAGACAAACCUCCACGCCCAAUAGCCACUCCCAAAAGAAUGCACAAAAUGAUUACUUUAUGCUGGGCAUAGAGGAACGUAAAUUAAAAAUAGAACUACUAAAUGCACAAAUCGAUUACUGGAAGAAAUUAACCAAAAAACUAGAUGAGAAUCCCGGUCAUAAUCCCAAUCCCUCGUGCAUGUGCCAUUUCCCCGGCAAAGCGAAUGGUGUGCAAACACCCUCCUCCACCAGCUAGGAGGAGGAGAAAAAGGUGUUAGUUAGAAAGGAGGCUGCAGAAAUGCCACCUGAAACGA